AUGGGAUCAUCUUGUUGUGUAUAAGAAAGAAGCUAGAAUAGAGCAUCAAUAGCUUCUAAAGCUAUCGAAGAUGAAUUAGAAUAUAUGAAAGAAAUCACUUUUAGUAAGUAAAGAAGACAAAUCCUACUAUAUGAAGACAAACCUAUCUGUUAUUUCUUAAGCAAAAUUGAAUUUUCAAAUGACACUAUUGUAACUGCCUAUUCAUUAAAUGAAAGAGGAACUAUAAAUGAAUUUGAGUAAUAUGAACAAAUAUAGGAAGAGAUUGUGAAACAAAUACAGGAAUAAUGUAAUGAGACGAUUAAUUCAAUUGAUGAUUGGAUUAAGCUAUGUGAUAAUGAUAACACCAAAAGUUUGUUGAAAUUAUUUAUUAAAUAAAUUGAAGUUGAUAAUUAAACAAAACUUAAUGCAACAAAAUGUGAAUUCAUAGUGCCAGGAAAACCUUAAGAUUUUAUUGAAUUAAUGAGCAAUUUUCAAAUUUAAAAAGAAUUGGAUUCACGUAUUGAUGCUUUCUAUCCUAUUAAAAAGAAUGAGGAGAACAAAGAAUCAGUUAUUUAUUUAAGCUAUAAACCAAUACUUAUGACUUCUGCAAGGGAGUUUAUUUAUUACAAAAAAACAAAAGAAAUUGAUACAAAUGUUUUCAUUUAAUUUUAUUUAUUAGGUUUGGUGUGAUGUUAGUAAAUCUAUUUAAGAUCCCUAAUAUCCAAUUAAGAAUAAAGUUAGAGGAGAAAUCUUACUUAGUGGUUACUUAAUUUAACCACUUUCUAAUUUAAAAAAUAACGAUUACAUAAAUAAUAGGUAUAUAUUAUUAAGAAAUUUAGAUUUAAAAAUAAAAACUUUGAUUAAUAUUCUUUUGUCAGAAUGUACUCUUUAUGUGAUUUCAAAAUGUCAAUUCCUUUUUACUUGGCUAAAGGAUAAGUGAAGUCAGAAAUGGUUAAAUACAUUGAUUUAAUCUACCAAAAAUUAUAAUGA